AUGUUGACAGCUGAUGAGAUUGAUAUAGCUAAGGAAAUGUUGUUAGUGUUAAAGCCGAUGGAGGUGGCAACAAGGGAAUUAUGUGGUCAAAAAUAUGUAACUGGCAGCACAGUUAUACCCUUAAUUAACUGCCUUAUUAAAAAAACAGAGAGUAUUGAUCUAACCCAUCCAACAGCUUUAACCUUAAAGAGAGCUAUGUUAGAUAAUUUGAAUCACAGCUCCUCAAACCAAGGCUCUAGUGAUGAUGAUGGUGAACGUAGUGAUAGUUUGUGGUCAGUUCACAAUGAGCUGGUUACAAAAAAAAAAGCUGCAUCACAAAGUUCAGAACAGCCUGAAGAGCGAAUUCCUACCGAACUUAAACAUUAUUUAAACCAGCCCACAAUACCGUUAGGUGAUGACAUACUAAAAUAUUGGGAUAUAAAUGGCAAUAUGUUCCCUCUCUUAAAAAAAAUUGUACAACCAUAUUUGUCCGUAGUAGCAACUUCUGUCCCUUCGGAAAGAUUAUUUUCCAAAGUGGGAAAUAUAAUGACCGAAAAAAGAAAUAGAUUAAAGGGGGAAAAAUUGCAACAACUUUUAUUUUUGAGUUCCCUAAAUUUUGAAGACUGGCACAUAGAAUAA